AUGAAACUGUCAAGACCAUUUUCGUCCACCUCCUCCCCUCUCCAAAAAGCAGCGCCAUACUUGAAGAGUUCAAACUCCAUUGCGUCCGCCAAAGAGCUUCAUGCUCAUCUCAUCAGAACUCAAAAACACUCUGACCCUUUUGUUAUUUCAGACGUUAUUAGAUUCUACUCUCUCUUUCCGACGUCUCUACACAAGGCCCUUGUUGCUUUUAAUCAAACUGAACGACCAACAUUGCCAAUUUGGAAUUACAUGAUUCGUGGGUUGUCUAAGAGUCAUCGACCCAUUGAAGCACUCCACAUGUAUGACAGAAUGCGUCAACAAGGAUUCCCUGGAAAUAACCUCACUUUCAUUUUCAUCUUUAAGGCUUGUUUACAGCUUUCAGAUAUUGUACUUGGACGUGCAGUUCAUGUUAAUGUUCUGAAACUUGGGUAUCAGUCCUACUUGUAUGUCUGUAAUGCUUUGAUUUAUAUGUAUGGUUCUUGUGGUGAUUUAGUUGGUGCUGGAAAGGUGUUUGAUCAAAUGUCUGAGAGAGACUUAGUAUCAUGGAACUCAUUGAUUUGUGGGUAUAGUCAAUGUAAUAGAUAUCAUAAAGUAUUGGGUCUUUUUGCUUCUAUGCAGGCAGAAAAUGUGAAGGCGGACGCAGUGACUUUGGUGAAAGUACUACUAGCUUGUAGCUAUUUAGGGGAUUUUGACACUGCGGAUUUUGUGGCGAAGUAUAUAGGGGAUAGUUGUGUGAGAAUUGAUGUAUACUUGGGAAAUACAUUGAUUGAUAUGUAUGGUAGACGUGGAUUAGUUAUCUUAGCUGAAGAAGUUUUUGCUGAGAUGGAGGAGAAAAAUGUGGUUUCAUGGAAUGCCAUGAUAAUGGGGUAUGCUAAAGCAGGGGAUUUAACGGCUGCAAGGGAACUUUUUGAUAAGAUGCCCAACAGAGAUGUGAUUUCUUGGACUUCUAUGAUCACAGGAUAUUGCCAAGCUAAUCGAUCUUCAGACGCUAUUGCACUUUUCCAAGAGAUGAUGGCAAUUAGGGUUAAGCCUGAUGAAGUCACAGUUGCUAGUGUGCUUUCUGCUUGUGCACGUUUAGGUACAUUUGAUGUGGGUAAGGCAGUACAUGAUUAUGUUUGUCAGCAUGACAUUAAAAUGGAUAUUUACGUGGGGAAUGCACUGGUGGAUAUGUACUGCAAAUGUGGAUCUGUUAAUACAGCCUUGGAAGUGUUUUUGAGCAUGAGGAAAAAGGAUAUUGUUUCUUGGACUUCGAUAAUCUCUGGCCUUGCAGUGAAUGGAUUUCAUGAUAAUGCUAUUCAGCUCUUCUCGCAGAUGUUAAGAGAAGGUUGUAAGCCAACUCAUGGUACUUUUAUUGGCGUACUACUUGCUUGUGCUCAUGCAGGUUUGGUGGACAAAGGUUUGGAAUACUUCGAGAGUAUGGAAAAACAUCACGGAUUGGUGCCAGAAAUGAAGCAUUAUGGAUGUAUUGUUGAUUUGUUUUGCCGAUCUGGUAAUUUAAAUAGAGCAUUUGAGUUUAUAAAUCUUAUGCCUAUGGCGGCAGAUGUGGUUUUGUGGAGAAUGUUGCUUAGUGCUUGUAAACUCCACGGUAAUCUGGUUCUGGCUGAAAUUGCUGCAAACAAACUUCUUCAAUUAGAUCCUGAUAAUGGUGGUAAUUAUGUUCUGUCAUCAAGCACUUACGCCACUGCAGAGAGGUGGGACGAUGCGAUGAAAAUAAGGCAAUUGAUGGAUGAGGGUGCAGUACAGAGGCCACUAGGCUGGAGUUCAAUUGAAGUAGAUGCGAUUGUCUAGCAUUCAAUGAACCACGUCUUGGAAAUGUAAAGUACCUGAAACAAAGGUUUCUUUCACAUGGUACUAUUUGCAUAGAUUAUCACGAGAUCCAGCA